UAGGAACAUAAAGCGAUGAAGUGUUUCUACGUGAAACAUAAAGGAGAAACUCGCCUAAUCAUCAAUAUCUUACCAAAACCUCGACGUAUAAACGUCUUGUCAGGCUCACCGAGAAACCGUUCUGUACCUGCCACUUGGUUCCGGGGUACGAACAUGGCGUCCGCCGUGCUGAAGGUUGCAGCGGCAGGUGUUUCAAGAUGCUCUCGCGUCGCGCUCCAGAGGGUACAUUCAACAACGGCGCCCCUCCAUCAGGGAGUUCCCACGACUCUGUGGAAGCUGGGUAGGCUUAACCACAUCGCCAUCGCUGUCCCUGACAUGGAGAAGGCCACGGCGCUGUAUCGGGAUGUGCUGGGGGCCACGGUGAGCGAGAAGGUACCCCUGCCCGAUCACGGCGUCUACACGGUGUUCGUGGAGCUCGGCAACACCAAGCUGGAGCUGCUCCAUCCUCUAGGAGAGAAGAGCCCCAUCUCGGGCUUCUUGCAGAAGAACAAGUCAGGAGGAAUGCAUCAUAUUUGUAUCGAGGUAGACGACAUUAACGCUGCGAUAGCGGACCUAAAAACCAAGAACAUCAGAAUGCUUUCGGCGGAGCCGCGGAUAGGCGCUCACGGCAAACCGGUCAUGUUUCUUCAUCCUAAAGACUGUGACGGUGUUCUCGUGGAGCUUGAAGAAGCAUGAAGCAUCACAUCCUGCCGUUGACUGAGAGGAGCCGUUAACAUGUUUUCCAGGCAGUUUGAUGAUCAGAGUGAUAACGGGGAUUGUUCCUUAUAGCACUUCUGCUUUUGGAAACACAGUUCUUCUUUGUAUGGAAUAAAGUUCUAUGUGGUACAUUAACAUGUGAUGUAUUAGUAUGCGGUGUGUUGUUCUAACAGCUUCCCCUAAAGUGUUUGUGAUAGAAAUUUGAUAUUUCCCAUAUCUGCUAAUUUGUCACAUACAGUAAAUGAUGGCUUUCUUAGACACAGCACUGGGUUGGACUUCCUUUUGGGUUCAACAAGGUUCUGGGAACAUUCGUCAGAGAUUUUGGUCCAUAUUGACAUGAUAGCAUUUUUUGUCAGCUCAUCCACAACAUCAAUCUCUCAUUCCACCACAUCCAAUAGGUUCUCUAUUGGACUGAGAUCUGGUGACUCUGGAGGCCAUUUCAGCACAGUCAGCUCACUGUCAUGUUCAAGAAAACAAUUUGAGAUAAUUUGAGCUCCGUGACGUGUUACGAUAUCCUGCUGUAAGCAGCCAUCAGAUGAUGGCACACUGGUCUUAAAGGGAUCGGCGUGGUCAGCAACAAUACUCAGGUAGGCUGUGGUGUUUAAAAGAUGCUCAAUUGGUAAAAAAGAGUCUCAAAGUGUCCCAAUAAAAUCUCUCCAACACUUUUACAAAACCAGCAGUCUGAACUACUAAUACUGACCCUACCAUCUGAAUACUGAAGCAGAAAUUGAAAGGCAAUGUUUUUCCAGUUUUGGUGAGUCUGUGCAUUGCAGCCUUAGCACUUUUUUCACCCACAGAAAAUUCCUAAAGCAUUCAUAAUUAAAGGAUUCGUUGUAAUGUUAAUAUCCAGACUUUACUUAACUUCACUAGUAGACAGAAAUGCAUUUACAAGGUAUGUGGGAGGAAAAAGCCAAGAUAAAAUUACUGUCUAAAUAAAUACAGAACACAGACUAUCAAUGUCAACGUCUAUGAAGAGAAUUAUGCUUUUAAAGACAAGAGAGCCUGAGAGAAAAUUGAGUAGAUCGACAACUGAAAAUCUCAGACCACCGCGUCUAGCACCAACAACCAUAUUAUGUUCAAAGUCACUGACGCUCAGUUUGAACCUCAGGUCAUCUUGACCAUGUCUACAUGAGUUGCUGCCACGUGAUUGGCUGAAAAGAUUUACAGUAGCAAGCAGCUGAACAGGUUUUUCUGAUAAAUUGCCCAGUGGGUGCAUAAGAAGUAGGAUAGCUUCAGGUGGGAGUAAGUUUGAUUUCUCACUAACAUGAAUUCACUUUUGCAUUACUAUGACUGACACGGUUUAAAUUUGACUACUCUGAUGCGUUGAUUACGGUUUAAUCCCUUUAAAUUUUGAACAAUGUCUGAAUAAAAUAUGUUGAUAAUUUAAAUGUUCAUAAUAUAUUUUUAAAUGCAAAUCAAGUCAUAAAACUAUAAAUCGUAAGUUUAUUUUAGGUGAAGCCCAAAUACUUUCAGAUCAUGUAGGCCAAUUAACACAUUUCCUUGGCAUGCAUUAUCCUGCAUUUAGUAAAUUGCAGUAUUUUCCAUUAUGGCGGUUUGUAAGGCAUUCUUCCGCCUUGCUGGCACCUUUACUCUUGCCAUCAGUGCUGUUGUUAGUCUUGUUGGCUGUAACUCACCACUGGAGGGAGUCACAAUUAAUACCAACCAGAGGGCACAGUCUGUAUCCUUGGAAGAAAACAUGUAUGCGAUUGCAAAACAGAGGGAACUGCUGAUGACGCAGACACACUCUCGGACAUUUCAUCUUGAUUUCCUGUACAAGCUUUGCUCAAGCUGGAAAUCCCCAGAUUAUAUUUGUAAGUUUUGUUGAAGAGGAAAAAACACUGAGGGAGCUUGAGAACGUAAACUUGGAGAACUUGGACAACAAACUGCAAAUUAGUCUCACAUCAAGGUGCUUAUUUGGGAUUUCUGGUGGGUACGUUUUGGGAGAAUUGAGGCUCUCUGAAAACUGUUUACGUUCAGUUAAACUGACUAUUUUGCUUGUUUAUGCUAAAACAAGAAGAUUUAGCCAGACUUUAAACUAUGAAUUGCUGACAAUUUAAAACAGACCUGACAUUUGUGCCAUUUAGAAAUUCACAUAUGUUGGAGCUAUCUGAAACCAAUCAGCUGCAGUUUAUUUUCUCUGGAGAAGGAACUGAAACAGAUUGAUGUUUGCUGUGAGAAGAAGGGUUUUUGCACUUUUACCAUCGCAGAAACAUUCAAACACAUGAAAGACAAAACUAUUCAGAAUCCAGAGGGUUGGUUUAUUUGGUCUGAGGAACACCUCCAGGCUUUAAAAUACAGCAAAUAUGUAGCAAUGAUGAGCUUUUCUAAUUGCAGAGAGACAUGCAAGAUAUAGGGAGGGUUUGAACAAACUCACUCACAGGGGUUUCUAGUAAUAACUUGAGUAAUAAGUUUAAAGGUCUAACCAACAACAUGCAGAUGGCUUUUCACUUUCAAGCAAGAUACAAAUACACAUAAGCUGUAGUAAAUGUGGUGUGAGAGA